GGUGACCUACCAGUGGCUUGUGGAGUGAGGCAGCGUUGUAAUAUAUACUACCACAUGAACAUGGCUGAGCCUAUUAGAGUUCUGGUGACCGGUGCUGCUGGGCAGAUUGCCUACUCCCUGCUGUUCAGCAUUGCCAAGGGAGAUGUCUUUGGCAGAGAUCAGCCAAUCUCACUUCUCCUACUGGACAUUGCGCCCAUGUUGCCAGUCCUGGAGGGUGUUGUCAUGGAGCUACAGGACUGUGCCCUUCCACUUCUAAGAGAGGUCAUCCCUACUGACAAGGAAGAGGUGGCGUUCAAGGACCUUGAUGCUGCCAUCUUGGUGGGAUCAAUGCCCAGGAGGGAGGGAAUGGAGAGGAAGGACCUGCUGAAAGCCAAUGUGGCCAUCUUCAAAUGUCAAGGAGCUGCCCUGGAUAAAUACGCUAAAAAAAAUGUCAAGGUGCUGGUUGUGGGAAAUCCCGCCAACACUAACUGUCUGAUUGCGGCAAUGUCUGCUCCCUCCAUCCCCAAAGAAAACUUCUCUUGUCUCACUCGUCUGGACCAUAACAGGGCUCGUGCUCAGGUGGCAAUGCGCUGUGGUGUGCCUGCCACCCAUGUGAAGAAUGUGAUAAUUUGGGGAAAUCACUCUUCUACCCAGUACCCCGACGUUCACCACUGCAAGGUCAACAAGGGCGGCAGUGACCUUGCCUGCUUUGAUGCCGUCAAGGACGAUGAGUGGCUCAAAGGAGAGUUCAUCUCUACAGUACAGCUGAGGGGAGCUGCAGUCAUUAAGGCCAGGAAGCUGUCCAGUGCCAUGUCUGCAGCCAAGGCCAUCUGUGACCACAUGAGGGACAUUUGGUCAGGCACUCUUGAGGGAGAAUACAUCUCUAUGGGCGUCUUCUCCUCUGGAAAUCCCUAUGGCAUCCCUGAAAACCUUGUCUACUCAUUCCCUGUCCAGAUCAAGGACAAGUCCUGGAAGAUUGUUGAUGGCCUGGCUAUAAACGACUUCUCCAGACAGAAGAUGGACGCCACAGCUUCAGAGCUGAUAGAGGAGAGAGACACAGCUGUGGACUUUCUGAGUGCUUGACUAAACUCAAUGGGGCCGACCGACAAGCCCAACGCUGAACCUCCAAACGCACGCCUAUGAGAAACCACUCCACCCUCUCUGCAGUUUUCUGUUUGUGUCUAUGUGUGUGUGUGUGUGUGUGUGUGAGUAUGAGUGUAAGUCUAGUGAAAUUUGUCACAAACUGUGUUUAACUGAACCCUUACUGAAGGGGGGCAUUACUUCAACAAUAACAAAAACAAAAAAAAAAAUGGAGGAUUGUUACAAGUAGUCAAUGGCAACGCGCUGUCUACAAUCACUGAGACGGUUAAACUUUCAAGGUCAAAACAUAAUAUUUAGUCAUUUUUAGUCAUGUUGGUUUUAGAUGGGUUUACAUUACCAAGUUAAAUAAAGGCAAAGUGUGUAAGAAAA